ACGAAUGCAGCGGCGGUGAGGGGCGGAUGUUACCGAAUAACUUCGGAUGGAUAGACGCAUGUGGUUUGUGAGGAAAGUAAUCAGGUACCGGUACGUGAUAUAAACAGUUUCUUCCAACGACACCGUAAAACUCAGCAAUAGUAAUAAGAUGACGGUGCAGGAGGUGCGCCUGUGUGGGCUGCUGCUGCAGGAGCACUUUGGGGAGGUGGUGGAGAAGGUCGGCAUUCACCUGCUCGGGUCGGGAGCGCAGAUUCUGCGUGCCAUUGCCCACGAGACCAGCACCCCACUCGACCUGGUGAAGAAGUCCCUGUGUGUGUUGGUGCAGCACGGCAUGUGUGAGUUCAGGAGGGGGCGCAGGGGUCCCGGGGGUGCGGUGGAGUACCACGCCAGCUACGAGAGGGUCCUGCGAAUCCUGCGCUACCCCCGCUACAUCUACACCGCUAAGACCCUGUAUGGAGACACCGGGGAGCUCAUCGUGGAGGAGGUGCUGCAGCGCGGUCACAUGACCAUGAGCGACUCUGUCAGGACUGUCGCCGACAGGCUGACGCACAACAUGGAGGAGGGUCGCAGCAUGGAGUACAGUGAGGUGGUGUCUGCUUUUUCCAAACUGGUGGAAACCCAUUUCCUCCAGCGCUGCCCUCCUGUGGCAGACGUAGGAACUGCACUCCCUGCAGAAGCAGAGCCCGGCGCUCCGGCUGCCCCUGCCCCUACCCUUGCAGAGAGCCACCCUGAUCGCUACAUACUUCCCCAUAUAAAUCUCACGGGCCGGGGGAAGCGUCGUCACCCCAGUGAUGACAGUGAAGUGGACUCAAAGGGGGCCAAGAGAGCCAAAAUGGAUGCCUCAGCGGCUUCGGACGAUAUGGGGAUCUACUGGCAGGUGAACUUCGACAGGUUCCACCAGCACUUCCGAGACCAGGCGAUUGUCAGUGCGGUCGCCAGCAAAAUGGACCAGACCAGCAGCGAGAUCGUCAGGACGAUGCUGAGGAUGAGCGAAGUGACGACCACGCCCACCGCCGCCUGCACACAGCCUCUCUCCGCUAACGAGAUAUUCCGCGCCCUCCCGCCCAGUUACAGCAUCACCCGGCCCAUCCUGGAGCAGUACCUGUCCCUCCUGGUGGACGACCCGAUGGAGUUCGUGGGGAAGUCGGGCGAGAGCGGCGGGGGGAUGUACGUCGUCAAUCUGCACAAGGCAUUAGCCAGCCUGGCAAGGGCCACUCUGGAGUCGGUGGUGCAGGAGAGGUUUGGUUCGCGGUCGGCUCGUAUCUUCCGGCUGUUGCUGCGGAAACGACACCUGGAACAGAAGCAGGUGGAAGACUUCGCCAUGAUCCCAGCGAAAGAGGCCAAAGACAUGCUGUACACACUGCUCUCUGAGAACCUAGUUCAACUGCAGGAAAUCCCAAAGACGCCUGACCACGCCCCAUCCCGCACUUUCUACCUGUACACUGUCAACCCCCUACCGACAGCCAGACUGCUGCUCCAGCACUGCUACAAGGCCGUGGGUAACCUGAUCGAGAGGCGUCUGUAUGAAACAAAGGAAAGCAAGCGCCUGCUGGAGAAGUCCCAGCGCAUCGAGGCGAUCCUGGCGUCGCUGCAGGCCAGCGGGGCGGAGCCCAGCCAGCUGUCUGAAGUGGAGGAGAUGAUCACUGCGCCAGAGAGGCAGCAGCUGCAGGCACUGCGCAACCAUGUCAACAAGUUGGACUCCAGCGAGAACCAGGUGGAUGAGACCAUCUUCCUUUUGGAGUCCUACAUCAGCUCCACGGAGACGUCCCGCUGAGGGAGGGGGGCAUCAGACGCUGACUCACAGUGACCCAGACAGAGGGGAGCCAUGUGUGCAGCUACCCCCCCUGCUUCAUCGCUGAAAGUGCACUAAACAACUAAACCACAUUUCACUCACGAUGGACGUUCACUUACAUUGAGACUAUAUAACGCCUCACACUACAUGUUUAAUGGAAAUGCAGGUAUCCCAUGUUUUCAGUGUUUUAGAGAGAGGUGAAAAGUUUUUGUCUUACAGUCAGUAAGAGUGAUUCCAGAUGUCCAGAUGUGAAGUGGCUCUGAGAAUGAUCACAGCUGUGUGCUUUGAAAAUAAAAAUAAUUUGAUUCUGAA